CACUGCCCUGGCACUCCCUGGCCAGCUGCUGUGGUGACGUGAAGCUGGGGCCUGCUUCCCAGAGCCUUUGGAGUGGACCUAGGACGCUGAGAUCCUUAUGUCUCUGGCCCCUCAGAACCCAGAAGAUGGCAGAUGGGGCGCAGGCCAACCCCAAAGGGUUCAGGAAGAAGGUGCUGGCUAGACACCCGUCUGGGUGGAGGCUCCGGAGAGGCAGGGCUUCUUCCCUGAGAACAUCCAGCCAGGGCCUGAAGAGGCUCCUCACCAUUACUGUCCUGGCCAGCAAUGUCCUGACCGUGGCCCACAGCAGUCUGCUCAACCUCAAGACCAUGGUGGAGUCCGUCACGGGGAGGAACGCCAUCCUGUCCUACGUGGGCUACGGCUGCUACUGCGGGCUGGGGGGGAACGGCCUGCCCCUGGAUGAGGUGGACUGGUGCUGCCACGCCCACGACUGCUGCUACCAGAAGCUCUUUGACCUGGGCUGCCGCACCUACGUGGACCACUACGAGUACAGCAUCCAGAAUGACACCAUCAUCUGCAACCACCUCAACACGACCGAGUGUGACCGGCAGACGUGUGAGUGUGACAAGAGCGUGGUUCUGUGCCUCCAGGACCAGCCGUACCACGAGGAGCACCGCGGCUAUCUCAACAUCUACUGCCAGGGGCCUACGCCCAACUGCAGCCUCUACGAGUCCCUCCCUGAGGGGGCGGCCUGCACACCCGGGCCCCCUGCUCCUCCCACAUCUGUCCCCAUGACACCCUCCAGGGUCUAACGGGGGGGGGGGGGGGGGGCGGCGCUGGUCCUGGGGCCACAGAUGGAGCAGGUGGAUACUAGGGAUAGGAAUCUCAGGCUGACCCCUCUGACUGCCUCCUCCUUGGCACCCCUCAGACAGACUGACUCCCAAGGGCUCAGGGAAGUCUGGAGACUCACUGUGGCCACGUAGCUCCUCUAGCCCAGCCCCAGCUGUGGCUAUGCUCAGUCUAGGGACAACUGGAGAGCAUCUGGGGGUAUGGGGGUGGUAUUUCCUGAGACCACUGUGGGCAUGUCUGAGAGACACAGGAGGUAGGGUCUCUGGAGUGUGUGCUGAGUAGGGGGGUCUGUCUAUUAUUGAGUAGGGGGGGUCUGUCUCUUGUUGAGUAGGGGGU